AUGGAUGCUACCAGUAGUACUUGCCAUGGCAUUCCUCCUCCCCAGUCUCUCACCAUGAGCAGUCUCCCGGAGUUUCAGCCUCAUCACCACGCUCAUCCCCCGACUUCAUUCGACCAGCAGCAGCAGCAGCAGGCGUACAUUGAGACGCAGCUUCACCCGGGGGACCUCGCUGGGACGAUUGACCCGCUGCUCCUGUUCGGUCCCCGCGCCGGACAAGGACACGUGGUGGUUGCGGCAGUUGCUCUUCAGCAGCCGAAUGUCUCUUCUUCUUCUUCUUCGGCACCCGCUGAUGCGUCGCGAGUGACUGAAGUGGAGUGA